CCUCACUUGAUCCACCUACCCACCUGCGAAACAAUAUUCUUCCUGUCCGAGGUUCUCCGUAACCAGGGCUAUGUGCUAAGGUGCCCAGGUUCUGCGUGCGGGGAAAUCCAAGGUGACGACGUAAUAGCCGCCAGAGAGAUACAGCGAAACUCGAGGCCAUCCACAACUAGGAACAUCACAGCGUAGCUUCAAACAGCACCCUGUUUACAAUCCAUAGACAAUGUGCGACUUCUCGGCAUAUGGCGGCCCCAGCGACGAGUGGCUGGCCCUCGCGGCGCAGCUGCCUCCCCCGCCAGCCACUCAGCGUUCCGUCGCAGACUUGAAACUCGAGAUCAACCAACAGCGUGAGCAGAAGGCCCGCGAGGCCAUGCAGACGCCGGCUAGCACCAUCACCAUGGCCGACCAUUCGAUCACGGCCCGCGACGGGGUGAGCCUCGAGGCUCGCACCUAUCGACCUCUCGAGCACAAUGGCCACCAGCAGUCGACGACGACACUACCCGUGUAUGUCCACCUGCACGGCGGCGGGUUCGCCUUUGGCACGCUGGCGUCUGAGGACGCCAUCUGCGCGCGCAUCGCCGUCGCCGCGGGGGUGCUCGUGCUCAACGUCAACUACCGCCACACCCCGGAGGCCGUGUAUCCGGUUGCCUGGCACGAUGCCGAGGAUGCCCUCGACUGGCUGCAUCGCAACAUGGGCUCGCUGGGCGGCGACCCGGCGCGGGUCGUGGUGGGCGGCAUCUCGGCCGGGGCGCAGAUCAUGGCCUCCCUGGUGCUACAGAAAAGCCUUUCACAACAACAGGCUUCGACGUCCUCAGCGUACCCGCCCAUCGCCGGCCAGGUCCUCAUGAUUCCGUGCCUGGUCAACGUGGACUGCUACCAGCCCCAGCUGGCCCGGAUGCAAGACCCGGCGCUGUCAUCCUACGUCGAGAACGAGUUUGCCCCAAUCCUGCCGGUAACGCGCAUCCGCGAGUUCGUGGACCUGCUUCAGUUCCCUGAAAAUCUCGAUCCCUCCGACCUCCUGCUCAACCCGGGCAACGCAUCGGUCGAACAGGUGCGCGGCCUGCCACCGACCGUCCUGGGAAUCUGUGGGUUGGACCCCUUGCGAGAUGAAGGGUUGCUGUACGGCAAACUGUUGACGGAAGCAGGCGUUCCGACUGAGACGUACCUGUUUAGAGGCGUCCCACAUGGCUACAGGGGCUUCGGUGAGAAGUUGCCAAUUGCGUCGGCGCACUGGGACCGGGUGUUGCACGAGGGGAUCAAGUGGGUGCUGAGCAAUCCUCGGGCCAAGGAGGAGUUUGUGAUUCACGACCUCAAGUAACAGCCACGACAAACGUUCCAAGCGUUCGGGAAGACACUGAGAAGGGGAAGUAAAUGCUUUGCUAUCUGCACGUAGCUAGAUCAACAGACAUGGCAGCUCCGUGAGACCCUAGAGACAUGCAA